CGAAUUCAGACCGAGCUCUGAUUGGUCAAUUCCUGUAGGUUUCCCUCAGAACUGCAAGACGCCGAUAUUGCGUUACAUUGUAGCAAAAUGGCGGCUGUCAUUCAGAAUCCACUAAAAGCGUUGGGUGACCAGUUCUAUAAGGAGGCCAUUGAGCAGUGCCGCAGCUACAAUGCCCGUCUCUGUGCUGAACGCAGCGUUCGCCUGCCAUUCCUGGACUCACAAACCGGCGUGGCCCAGAACAACUGCUACAUCUGGAUGGAACGACACCACCGCAGCCCUGGGGUCGCAGCCGGGCAGAUGUACACGUACCCCGCCCGCUGCUGGAGGAAGAAGAGACGGCUGCACAACACCACAGAUCCACGCCUGGGCAUCUACGGCCUCCAUCUUGACGGCGGCCUCAUGUCCAAGGACACCUUGCCCACCCAGAGCACUACACUGGAGGCUCUGCUACGAGGAGAGGGUCUAGACAAGAGAAACAACUCUAAGAAUGACGAGGAGAGCCUGCUGGAGAUCCAGAGGGUUCUGGAGGCAGAUGCAGCAGAAGAUGCUUUCAAUGACGAUGAUGACUACGAGGUGGACACUCCCAAAAGGAGACAUCGGGGCAAAGGAAGAGGUCGGGGUUCAGGCCGCAGGAGGGCAGAUGUGGAUGAUGAUAAGCCAUACUUCUGUGACAACAGAUACAAACAAAAGCAGAACUCAAAAUCUUCAACUUCAGUGUGUGCAAAGCGCUACAGGAACCGUACAGGACUAAGCUACCACUACACCCACCUGGCAGAGGAGGACAGAGCCGGAGAGAGAAGCUCAACGGUGUCCAAAUCGCCUUCUGCACAACAGACUGACAGACACAAACGUCCAAAGGCUCCAGGUGGGACCAGCAUUCCCAACAAUUACUGUAAUAAAUGCCAGGGCUCAAACAAGAAAAUGGGUAAAUCGGGGAGUCCCUACUCGGCCUGCAGAUGCACAACUGACUGUGGGGAAGAGAAGGAAGACGGGACUUUUGCUGGAGCAGAGGAGCUGUUCGGCACCACCUCGGAGAGCGACACAUCCACCUUUCACGGCUUUGAGGAUGACGAGCUGGAGGAGCCUGCCACAAACAGCAACGGAAUAUCCAGUCGACACAGAUAGAGAAAACCCUUUUUAGAUGUAAAGAGACGACCUUUUUUUUAUAUGGAUUAACCUCUGGCAAAAAUCUGCUGCUUCUUUUUCAAUGUUUUUUUUUGUUUGCAGAAAGCACAAAGUGAUUUCAGGACAGAAAUGCAAGUGGUAUUUUAUCUACUGAACCUUGUUGAAUAAUUUAUGAACACCUUUUUUAUAUAUAAAUAUAUAUAUAUAUAUAUAUAUUAACUUUUAAGACAAAGAACAACUGUCAGUGUUUCUUGACAAGUGACUUGGUCUCCAUGCAAAACAGAAGAUGUUUUUGGAGUGUUUUUUUCCCUUACUGGAGCAGAAGGAGCAUAAACCUUAUGAACAAUAAACACUGGAGAAAUUUGAACAAUUGAAAAUUUGAAAGGCAUAAAUGAUGCAGUACGUUUGGGAGAUGAUUGAAUGUCAUUGCUGACCCAUACUUGAGCUACUGGAUGUUUUUGAGUCAGUAGUCGCUGUGACUAUGAACAUCUCUUCUUCUGCUCUAACUCUGGAUUUAACCUGUAUGAAAAUGAAGGAACCAAUGAAAGGACUGCCACAGGUGACUGGAAAUGUUUGGAGAUGAAGAAGCCAAUGAACAUAGAGUUUACAGAUGGAGGGGACUUAGUGAAUUCAAGGAGCACUCUGCACAUUGGCAUGUGGCCCAGGUGUGGGGGUGACCAGUGAAGAAGAGGAUUUAACUCAGAAAAACUAAUGAGCCUUCAUGUCUUCUUUUGGGCCUGAAAUAACAGACUGAAAUGGAUGAACAGACAUCCACCUCUUCUACAGGCCAUGUGUCUUAAUUGAGGCAACUGCUCCCUUGACGGUAUGUAUCGAUCCCCUCUGAACAUUUGAAAUGUGAGUUGAUCCAGCUUCAUUUCGUCCUCUCUGCACUGUGCUGGAGCUCCACCGAACUAUGGGAACACUAAAGGCCAGGCCUUUCGGACAGUUUGUGCCCCAAUGGGUGCAUUUGGGGGCCCCGUGGCCCAGCCUGCCCACUCCCUGCUCUGUGACUGUGUGUCUGCUGUGUGAUCCGAUGUGACACUAAGACGUCAUUAUCCUCAUCACUGUGCCAGCCUGCCGCUCUGUACUCGAAACCAGCUCUGACAGCCAUGACCCCCCCAACCUGAUUGGACCAGUGACUCCCUGACCCUCCCAGCCAUAGAGAUGGUGCUCAAAUCCACCACUAUUACAUGCAGACCUCUGGACUACUGUAUUAAUCCUCUGACAUGGACGCAAAGGUUUUAUCUUUCUGCUUCUGUCCCUCUGUUUUUGCUCUGGGCUUCUCUGACUCAAAUGCAUUGCAGUAAUUUUUUAUUUGCAGCUUUUCUCUGUUGUAUAAUAUUUCUAUGUUUUGAACUCCUUAAUGUUUAAUUAGUAAGACUUCUUGGGUUUGUUCAGACUGUAUUGAUACCUCUGUCCUGAUCAGGUGCACAAUAGCCACAAGUACUCAGGCAUCUUUCAUUUCCUCUGCUGUUGAUUGUUCAGCCACGCAGCCCUGAUUCAUGUGAUUGUACUCAGUUGGCACAGAGGGACAGUAACGCCACACAAGGAUCCCAUUAUAAUCAACUCCUAGGAGGGAUUUGGGAAUGCUGCAGUCUCAUGCUAUAGGAAAACAUUGCAAUAACAAGCUUGAACUUUUGUCUGGUCUCUGCUGAUUUCACCACUCACCAUGCAAAACCUCUCCACUUUUGGUCUGAAAGAGUGAGAAUAAUCUCAGAUGCAUUGGAAAGCAAUGUUAUUGCUAGAAAGACAUAACUGCACAGAUCCACAUCCUUUGCGAUAAGUGAAAUCUGUAUCUGUGACAUUUCCGUUGAGUGCUUUAGAGGGCUUAAUUGCUUUAUGACAUUUAGGAGGUGCUUGAAGUUCCGUAUCAAAAAGCCUUUUAGGUCCAUAGGUUCUGUGUCCUUCAUGUGAUUAGUGAGUAUCGCUGCAAAGAAAUAACAGCCGCUCAGUUUUUUGAAGCUAAUCAUUAAUCUUGUGUCUGGAAUGACUUACGUAUGUGCUUGUGCGUUCACAUAUUUCUUCACUUCCCUCAGGGACCCUCCACACAGCAGUGUAUCUCCUCUGGACAAAGAAUGGAUCUGAGACUUUAAAAUGAUCUUGUCUUCUUCUUCUUGUACUGUUUCCACAGUAAAAUAGAUCAUUGUGUUUUUCAUCUUUGAAAGUCAUCCCAGAAAGUGAGAGCAUGCAUCACCAAUCAUAAACCUGCUUAAUAUUAACUGCCGUAUACGAACAGGCUUAGAGCGGUGCAGUACUGAACAAAAAGGAGAAGCUCCUAAAUGCAAGUCAGUGAUGUCUGCUUGUGUCACCAAUCAUUGAAUAGCCUGUAUACCUCGUCAAAGACACAGCAAUAGGCCCUGGUACUCUCUUGUCAAGCCUGCCGGGGGUGGAGAGGGAGGAUCGGGGUGGAAACGGAGCCAAGAGGAGAUGAAAUGAUUAUGACUGGGCGUUUGUUUCAUCUUCAGCUGUAAAUACAAGUCAAAAUGGAAAGAAUGAAGAAGUCUUUGUUUGUUAAACUAUUUUUAUUGUUCUGAACAAAAUAAAGAAUGAAUGGUAAUGCUC